ACUUUUGAGCAGAUCUAUCAAUGUUAUCCUCCCAUUUAUACUGACAAACCAGAGCUUGAAAAAGCCAACAAAAUUAUAAUGCCUCCUUCUGCUCUUUCUCGUCUGAUAUCUCAAGAAAUAGAGUAUCCAAUGCUUUUCCAGCUUCAGAAUACCAUCACAGGUUGCAUCUCACACUGUGGAGUACUUGAAUUCGUGGCUGAGGAGGGUAUCAUUUAUAUGCCACUUUGGAUGAUGGAAAAUAUGCUUCUACAACCAGGAGAUACAGUCAAAUUGAAGCAUACCACUCUUCCAAAGGGGAGGAGUUUGAAAUUGCAGCCCCACACAAAGAAUUUAUUAGACAUAUCCAACCCAAAAGCUUUCUUGGAGGUUUCUCUGAGGAACUUCUCUUGUUUGACCACAGGGGAUACCAUUAAGUUAGAUUACAACAACACCAUAUAUUCUAUAAAUAUAGUUGAAACAAAACCUGAAUCUGCCAUAAGUGUGUUUGACGCAGACUUGGAAGUAGACUUUGCUCCUCCUCUUGAUUACAACCAUGAAGAAGAAUGCAAUCGUCUUUCAUCCCUUUUCGAGCAGUUUGAAUCGACAAAAAAAUUGAGAAUUUAA